AUGAGAUCGCAUUUCAUUACUAAGGUAACGAGGGAUAAGCUGUCAGGGCUGGUGGAGCCUUGUCAAGCCAGCGCGUGCGCUGCGUUCAAGGAAUGGGCUCGGCGUGCUGCUGCUAGAGAAGCCGAGGCGAAUCGUCUCUUCUCGCUCGAACCUGGACCUCCCUCGGCGCAAGUACCUGGUGGUGGCGCUGACCAGGGAGCAGAUGAGCAACGCCACCCACACCCAGUCUCACUCCCACCGCCACCCACCGCACUGCACACCUUCUUUCUCCCCUCUUUACCCUUGCAGGACUUCCCUCGGCGCAAGUACCUGGUGGUGGCGUUCACAAUGGAGCAGAUGAGCAACGCCACGCACACCCACACCCACACCCACUACCUGGUGGUGGCGUUGACCAUGGAGCAGAUGAGCAACGCCACCCACAACCACACCCUCCCACCGGACUCCACUCCUUCCAUCUCCCCUCUUUGCCCUCACAGGACUUCCCUCGGCGCAAGACUUCCCUCGGCGCAAGUACCUGGUGGUGGCGCUGACCAUGGAGCAGAUGAGCAACGCCACCCACACCCAGUCUCACUCCCACCGCCACCCACCGCACUGCACACCUUCUUUCUCCCCUCUUUACCCUUGCAGGACUUCCCUCGGCGCAAGUACCUGGUGGUGGCGCUGACCAUGGAGCAGAUGAGCAACGCCAGAACGCACCUGGCGGAGGCUGCUCGCGUGGCAGAGGAAUCCGGGCGCAUCCUCGUGCUGCCCAAGGUGGGCGGACUGCAGCCGUCUAUCAGUGGCCCGCCAAAUGCAGUGCGCUCCUACUGGGACCUCUCGCGCUUCUUUAAUCACCUGGACCCAUCAUCACACGUUACGCCCGUCAUCCCCUUUCCCCCCUCUUCUUCCCCCUUCCAGGCUGACUGCAGCCGUCUAUCAGUGGCUAGCGAGCAUGCCAUCUGCUCCUACUGGGACCUCUCGCGCUUCUUGAAGUGCGUUACCCAUCAUGCAUUACCCCCUUCUCCCUCUUUCUCCCCCUUUCCUCCCUUCCAGGCGGACUGCAGCCGUCUAUCAGUGGCCCGCCAGCACGCCGUGUGCUCCUACUGGGACCUCUCGCGCUUCUCCCGGGUGGAGUGGGUGUCCCCCGAGUUCUUCCUCCUCACUGCCCGUGCCGCCUUCCUCAACCCCUCCGUGGGAUUCGUGUGCGUCAAAACGGACUUUCUGCACCGGCCCUGCUUCAAGUUCCGGGAGCUAGUGGAGAUACUGAGGCAGAUUCUGACGUUCGCCAUGGGGCACGUGCCUGUGCCCAGCAACACCAUCGACGUCAAGAUGCCGCAGUCUAAGGACGUCUUUAAUAUGCUCCUCCACGCAUGGAGUGACAGGGACGUGGUGGUGUGGAUGAAAACCACAUACCAGCGCAUCCAGUACGUGCCACGCACAGACGUGAUUGCUAACCGUGUGCAUUCACGUGUCCCUGCCUGCACCUCUUUGUACCGUGCAUGCAGGAGUGACAGGGACGUGGUGGUGUGGAUGAAGACAACCUACCAGCGCAUCCAGUAUGUGCCACGCACAGACGUGAUUGUGCCCGCAGUGCUGCCAUACCGGGCCACGUGGCACGACACCGCUGCACAGAUCAUCGCAAGGCUACCCAAGCCCGUCAUAGGCGUUCAUUUCCGCUCCGAGUUCAUCGCCUGGAACGUGGCGCAAGGCAUGAACGCCAACUUGACCUGGAAGGAGGUGCAGCAUAAUCUGCGGCAGCAGAUGGCAGCGUGUGUGCAGGGGGCAGCAAGAAAAAUCAACCAAGUCAGGAAAAAGCUGCAAACCCAGCAGAAACAACAGCAGUGGCAGGAGCAGGUUCAGGAGCCGAAGCAGGGGAAGCAGGGACAGAAGCAGGAGCAACAGGAGCAGCAGGAGCGGGAAGAGCCAUUGAUCAACGGGUUAGGGCAAGUCGUGGAAGGGCCGACGGUGUUCAUAGCAGCAGACAUCCCGUUCAAUGCAUCGGCUGCAGUCCAGCCACGAUCUGAGUCGUGGAGGAGCAUGGAGGUGUGGCUGGGGCGGGAGAACACAGGGCGGGCGUCUAGAGGAGCGUUGAAAUGGUUGAGGCAGCACGUGGAGGGGACGGUGAUGAUCGAUGAGGUCGUGCCUGCUGUCAACGGCUAUGACCCAGUGGAUGGGGCGGGAGAACAUGGGAAGGACGUCCAGGGGAGCGCUGAGAUGGCUCCGGCAGCACGUGGGGGGCACGACACGGUCAUGAUUGACGAGGUUGUGCCUGCUGUCAACGGCUAUGACCCAGUGGAUGUGGCAGGAGAACACGGGAAGGACGUCCAGGGGAGCGCUGAGAUGGCUCCGGCAGCACGUGGGGGGCACGACACGGUCAUGAUUGACGAGGUUGUGCCUGCUGUCAACGGCUAUGACCCAGGCAUCGUGUCGAUCCUGGACAAGCUUGUGAUCGCCAAGGCGGAUAUAUUCGUGGCAGCAGAGCGGUACUGCGGGCUCACAGCACCUGAGCUACCCCACUCAGAUCCCUUUCCCCCCUGUCGUUCCCCUCUCUCUUUCCUCCCUGCCCUUCCUCUAUGUCUCUCCCCGACAGGCAUCGUGUCCAUCCUCGACAAGCUUGUAAUCGCCAGGGCCGAUAUAUUCGUGGCAGCAAAGCAGUCCUGCGGGGGGAGGAGGGGCUUUGAAUCGGACAUUCUGCAGCACAGGGAUGAGUAUGGGCAGGCAGCAGACAGUGUAGUGCGGUGGGGAUACGAGUAA